UGAAGUUUCAAUGUGUUGUCAUUUUCUUUUCUCUUUUGUUGCAAAAUUUAGGUCAAUCUCUCUGUCACUCUCGCGUCCCAUUGAAGUCUAUGGAUAUUUGAUUUCCAUGAUUGUGCUGUGAUGUGUAAAAUAUCAUUUUUGGUGGUGGAAGUCAUAGACUGCAAUCUAUUUAUUGUUGGCUUUUACUAUCAAAACUCAUUCUGUUCGUUCUGAUUUACUGCAAUCUGUUUAUUGUUGGAUUUUAGUAUCAAUUUCACUCUAUUCUUCUGAUUUACUUGGUUAUAUCCAUGUGUGAGUAUCCCAUGACCUGUCUCACUGCCAUUUUGUUCUGUUUAUUAGAUAACCAAUGAAUUAGUUAACCAGUAAAAAUCCAUUAAAAACUGCACACCAGCAAACAAUAGGCCCCUAUAAUGGCUGAAUCGACUGAAAGUAACAGAAACGGUGACCUGUCUUCACUGAGCUUCUGGUUUUUACUGUCCUGUAUUUUAUCUAUAGUAAUGGCCACUAUGAAGCAGCAGGGAACAAAACAACUUUGUUUCGUGAUGUGGGUCGUUCUUUUAUACAGGAAUUCCUUCUGGUUUUUUGCAAGGAAGGUUGGACUCAAGGAGGGAUCCAUUUGAUUGCAUUUUUGAAGAAAUCGCUCCGCAGUUGCUUUGAAGGGCAAAAGUGAUGACUAAUGAGCAAUCGGAGCUUGACUCUGAUUGGUCCAUAGACUCUGACGAUGUUGUGGAUGAGGAUGUCGGAGAUGCUCUUGAUUGGUUGGAUUUGAGGGAUGACUCUGAAUAUCGAGAUUUUGAUGGCAGUUUGCCAAAUGCACAGCGUCCUAAUGCUCACGGUGGCAUUCAUUCUCGGCCACGUUCUACAGCUACUUCACUACAACCCCUUAGCAACCGGAACCAGAAGUUCUCAAGCCAUAUUCAUGCAGGCCCCCUCGAGGAAUGGGAGGGAAGACUGAAUGUUGGCAUGUCAAACUCAGUGGCAACUGCUAUUCGUGAAAGUGUUCGAGGUAUGGCUAUUGGAAGGACUAGAACUACUGAGAAAGCAGACCGUGCCACUGUUGAGCAGGCUAUAGAUCCAAGAACUCGCAUGGUAUUGUUCAGAAUGUUGAACCGUGGUGUGUUCCAUGAUAUUAACGGCUGCAUUUCUACCGGAAAAGAAGCAAAUGUUUAUCAUGCAUCAAAAGCUGAUGGUCAGGAGUUGGCUAUUAAAGUGUACAAAACUUCUAUACUAGUGUUUAAGGAUAGAGAGAGGUAUGUUCAAGGCGAUUUUCGAUUUAGACAUGGAUAUUGUAAGCACAAUCCAAGGAAGAUGGUAAAAACUUGGGCAGAGAAAGAAAUGAGAAACCUUUUUAGGCUAAAGGCAGCCGGAAUCCAUUGUCCAACACCAUACCUCUUGAGGCUUCAUGUUUUAGUGAUGGAAUUCAUAGGAAAGGAAGGCUGGGCUGCCCCUCGCCUUAAAGAUGCUGCUUUAUCUGAUGAUAAAUUACGAGAAUGUUAUUUGGAGAUUAUUAUGAUAAUGAGGUCGUUGUACCAAAAAUGCAAACUGGUGCAUGGUGACUUAAGUGAAUACAACAUACUUUAUCACGAAGGUCAUUUAUAUAUUAUUGAUGUUUCUCAAUCAGUGGACCUAGAUCAUCCUCGUGCAUUGGAUUUCUUACGUGAGGAUUGCCUUCAUGUAUCAGAUUUCUUCAAGAAGCAUGGUGUUGCAACUAUGACAGUGAGAGAACUUUUUGAUUUCAUUGUUGAUUUGUCGAUUGCAGAUGAAAAUGUGGACUCUUACCUAGACAGGGUUCAAGAAAAAAUUUUAGCGAGGGAUAUGGUUCCAUCUGUAGAGGAUGAGAUUGCGGAAACUGUUUUUGCACAGUCUUUCAUCCCAAGGACGUUAGACCAAGUAAAGGAUUUUGAGAAGGACAUAAUGAUGAUCACAAGUGGCAAAGACACAGAAGGUAUAUACUAUCAAACAAUAACUGGUCUUAAACAGGACCUUUCUGGCGUUCUUCUUGUACCUGCUAUUCUAGAUGAGUACCCUGCACCCUUUGAGAAGCAGCAGCAACAGGAGGUUUCAGCCCCAGAAGAAGCAGUGGAGAUUGCAGAUUGUAAGGGUAACAAUGAAUCAUUAUCUGAUGAGGAUAGCUCCUCUGAUGAAUCCACUGGAAUCGAAUCAGAAAAUGAGACUGAGAGAAAAACCACUCAAGAGGAAAAGAGAGCUGCACGCAAGGAGAACAAGAAAAAAGUGAAAGAAGAGAAAAGAGAAGCUCGAAAGACAAAGGUCCCAAAGGCCAUCAAGAAAUGGAAGAAGAAGCUCUCUAAAGACAAGGGCCGGCAUUAAGACAUUCAAUUUAUUAGUUUGAUUUAGCAUGCCCACUCUUUUGAUCCAUAGAGUUAAUGUCUUAGUUCGUUUACUUUUUUAGAUGAGCUGUCUGAACCUAGAGCACUUUUUGUGAGCUUAGUAAGAUGCCGAUAAUCGGUUCGCAAGGCUGUAAUCUGUAAAUAGUGAGCAAAUGUAGUCACAUAUGCGCAUUAGAUUCAUUCCCUUUGUGAAAGGAUAAUUUGAUCUAUUGUCACGAUGAAUUUUUAACUUAUAUACAAUCAAGAUAGCCUGGAUUGUAAACA